CACUUUACAUCUGUACACAUCGGUACGUAACAGCUGAUAUCUGAUGCAACUUUAACCGGCCCGUUAGAAAAUGCCUUCACCCACGGUCCAUAAUCAAGAUCAGGACCCCGUGGAGUUAAUGCUGAAAAAAACCGGCUGCAUUGAGCUCCACUACAAGGUACAAGAGUGCAUUGCAGAGACAGGUGAUUGGCGAGCGUGUCAAGAUAAGGUGAAGGAGUUCCGGACGUGUAUGCAGAAGUACGUGGACCAGCAACAUAAGAAGUAUGCCGACGUCAAGUAG